AUGCCUAAAUCAAGUCUUAAGUUGCUGAUUGCAAUACUUGGUAUUUAUGCAACUUUUUUAACGUGGGGAUUGACUCAAGAACCGCUAAAUACCAAAAUAUGGCAAAAUUCGGGCGCCAGGUUUGAACACCCGUGUUUUAUUGCCCUUGUUCAGGCCCUAUUUGCGAUGGUGAUGGGUGGUGCUUAUUUAGCCGCUAAGAAAACGGAUUAUGGCCCCAUUGAGCUUAUUCGUGAUCAGUUUCAGUACUUGUUAGGUAUUUCGUUAACGCAGUCGCUGUCGGCCCCAAUAGCGAGCCAUUCACUUCACUAUGUGGAUUAUAUGUCAUACAUGCUGGCAAAAAGCUGCAAACUGAUUCCAAUUAUGAUGGUGCACCUGGUCGUGUACAGGACUAGUAUUCCGCGGAAAAAGAAGAUCGUGACAGCGCUAGUGAGCGGUGGAAUGUCGCUUUUCAGUCUAGGUAGUCACCCUUCUGCAGAAGAGCUUCCUCCAUCAAAUAGUUCAUUAUAUGGAUUACUUACUUUGGGGCUGAGUUUGUUCCUAGACGGUAUUACAAAUGCUACCCAGGAUAAGCUCCUGAAGAAGCCCUCUCAGAAACGCAUCACAGGCGCGCAUCUGAUGUUUGCACUGAAUUUGUUUGUGGUUGUAAGUUACUUGCUAUACCUGGUGCUAUGGGAUCGUAAUCAAUGGCAAAGGGCUACUAAACAGAUACAAAUGGAUCCUAAAAUCCUGCACUAUUUAUUGUUAUACGCAGUAUGUGGUGCUGUCGGCCAGUGCUUUAUAUUUUACACGUUAGAGCACUACAGCUCCCUUGUUCUCACUAUGGUUACAGUUACACGUAAGAUGAUGUCUAUGCUGUUGAGUAUUGUUGUCUAUGGUCACAAUGUCAACUACAUACAAUGGAUCGGAAUGCUAAUAGUAUUUGGAGGGAUUAUCUGGGAGGCUGCUCUGAAAUGGAUAGGUUCUUCUGAACCAGUUAAAGAGAAAGUGCCAGUGCAGAAACAGAAGCAAAAGCAGAAACAGAAGCAGAAGCAAAGUUAG